CGCUAAAGCCACCGACCUCCCCCCGGCGCGGAACCAAACAGCAGCAGCAGCGAGAGGCCCGGCGGCGUCAGUUCGCUGCUCGGCUCUGAUCCACGGAGGCAGCGGAGCUCACACGACCGAGCCCCGACACACACAGCGACGGCAUGGAGAGCCACGAGAGGGCCCCGGGCCCCCGCCCCCGGGACGCCGGAGCCAGAUCCCCGUGGAGCGGAUUAUUGAGGGUGUUAUUUAUUGCUUUUAUUCACUCGACGCGGGCCAAUAAACAAGCAUUCAUCCAGUCGGACACAAUUCUAGAAGUUUUACAUUUUGGUGACGGGAGCCUCCUGCAGGCAGAGUCCGACAUUGAUUUUAGUUUAUAUCAACAAAGCGCGGCGCCGCAUCGAGGGAACUGCCGCCCGAUACGCUUCGAGCCGCCGAUGCUGGACUUCCACGAGCAACCCGUGGGGAUGCCCAAGAUGGAAAAAGUUUAUUUACAUAAUCCGAGCUCAGAAGAAAUUAGCUUGAUAUCGAUAUCAGCAACAACAGCACAUUUUCAUGCCUCCUUUUUCCAGAAUAGGAUAAUCCCUCCAGGAGGAAACACGUCGUUCGACGUCGUGUUUCUGGCUCGAGUCGUUGGGAACGUAGAAAACACUUUAUUUAUUAACACGUCGCAUCACGGCGUGUUUACAUACCAGGUUUUUGGGGUCGGGAUCCCGAACCCCUACCGGCUGCGGCCCUUCAUCGGGGCUCGAGUCCCCGUGAACAGCAGCUUCUCCCCCCUCAUAAACAUCCACAACCCCUUCAGCGAGCCGCUGCAGGUGGUGGAGAUGUACUCCAGCGGAGGAGACCUCCACCUGGAGCUCCCGACAGGCCAGCAAGGAGGAGCCGGGAAACUCUGGGAGAUCCCUCCCUUUGAGACGAAGGGCGUGAUGAGGGCCAGCUUCUCCUCCAGAGACGUGGACAACCACACGGCCUUCAUCCGCAUCAAGACCAGCGCGCCCAGACAGGAGUUCAUCAUCCUGCCGGUGGAGGUGGAGGUCACGGCAGCUCCAGGUAUUUACUCGUCUACAGAGAUGCUGGACUUCGGUACUCUGCGCUCACAAGAUCGUCCCAAACGGCUGAAUCUGCACCUUUUAAACUCGGGAACCAAAGAUGUUCCUAUCACGAGUGUCCGUACGACGCCGUCUAACGAGGCGGUGGCGGUGGACUUCAAAGCCGUCACGCUGAAGGCCGGAGAGAGCCGCUACACCAGAGUGGCGAGUAUUAGUUUUGAUGCCUCAAAGGCCAGGAGGCCGUUUCAGUUCUCUGGGAAGAUCACGGUGAAGGCCAAAGAGAAGAGCUACUCCAAGCUGGAGAUCCCCUACCAGGCCGAGGUCCUGGACGGCUACCUGGGCUUCGACCACACGGCCACGCUGUUCCACAUCAGGGACAGCCCGGUGGAGCCGGUGGAGCGGCCCAUCUUCCUCACCAACGCCUUCAGCUUCGCCGUCAGGAUCCACAACGUGUCUCUGCCCGAGGAGGCCAGGACCAUGUUCAAGGUGCAGAACCUCAGCGCUCCCAUCCUUAUUCCUCCUCACGAGUCGCGCUACAUCUUCUCGCUCCUCUUCCGGCCGGUCCGGCCCUCCAUCCACAUCGACAGCAACAUCCUGCUCAUCACCAACGCAUCCAAGUUCCACCUGCCGGUCCGAGCCUACACCGGCUUCCUAGAGCCCCUGGUCCUGCCCCCCAGUCUGAAGGAGAACAUCUUGGACUUUGGAGUUUGUAGUGCAACCGACGUCAGCAGCAUCACGUUUGUGGUGGUCAACAGUAACCCCAUCGAGCUGGAGAUCAAGGCGUGGCUGCUGACGGGCGACAGUCUGUCCAUGGAGCUGCUGCGCACGGAGAGGGGGAACUCCUCGGCCGCGCUCGGUCGCCUCCGGGAGCUGCAGAACAGCUCGGCCUCGCAGCAGAAGACGGUAAUCUUGGCGUCGGGCUACUACGCUGCCUUCAGGGUCACUCUGGUGGCCGCGGCGCUGGAGGGCGAGUACGACGGAGCCGUGCACAUCACCACGGACUACGAGAUACUCACCAUCCCAGUGAGAGCUCUCAUCGCCGUGGGGACCCUGAACAGCUCUCCCAAGCACAUCGUGCUGCCGCCGUCGUUUCCAGGUAAGGUGGUCCACCAGAGCUUCAGCAUCCAGAGCUCCUUCACUCAGAAGGUCCGGCUGCAGCAGAUCCGCUCGCUGACCGAAGACGUCCGCUUCUACUACAAGCGGCUCCGCAGCAACAAGGACGAGCUGGAGCCGCGCAGGAAGUCCAAGGUGGCCAACAUCUACUUUGACUCCAGCCUGCAGUGUGGGGACCAGUGCUACGUGGGGCUGCCCUUCGUACUCAAGUCGGACUCCAAGCCCCACGGUCUGGCCCUGCAGGAGGACAUCUGGGACUCUGACGUGGACCUGCACCAGAAGCUGCUGCGGCGCUGGAAGGAGCUGAAGGAGCGCUCGGGCCACAGCGUGGAGGCGGUCUUCGAGGUGAACACGGACCUCCAGAAGAACGUCCAGGCCCGGAUCACGGCUCGCCUGACGUGGCCCUCGCUGGUCCCUUCACCGAGAGUAUCCGGUUCACCCCGACCAAUGGCACCACGAUACGGUCACUCCGCUGAUACCCUGAUGCUGGCGUCGUUUGACGGCCCUCUCGUGUUCAUCCGACGGUCUCUACCGUUCACGAUACGGCCGUUCACGCAUAUGAUCCCCGUGUACGGCUGGUACGAUGUUCACCACGCCGCUGAUCCGAUGCUGUUCAGGACGCCGCUCACGAUACAGAUGGAGGGCCUCCCCCGGCCCAUUCGUGAUAACCUGCCUGCUGCUGCUGGCCACGACAGCUGGCUGAAGGCCUUCAGCGUGAGCCCUGGUCAACCUGAUGAGGAACAGACACCCAUCGUGCUGUGGCCGAGGAACCCAGGAAGCAUGAAGUUGCACGCCGGGAAACCGCCUGGACACGGCAGCUCGCUGAGGUUCAAGAUGACCGAGGCCCUGCUGAAGGACUGCACGGACCGCGUGAAGGUGAAGGAACCGAACUUCACCCUGAGGAGAACCUUCCGGGUGGAGAACACGGGGCUGCUGCCCAUCAGCCUGCGGCCGGCGCAGGUCAGCGGGCAGCUCUGUGAGGGCUUCGGCUUCAAGGUCCUGAACUGCCACGCCUUCGACCUGCAGCCCAACGCCGCCAGAGACCUCGUCAUCCUCUUCACUCCAGACUUCACCUCCUCCCGAGUGAUCCGGGAGCUGAAGCUGGUGACGUGCGGAGGCUCAGAGUUCGUGUUUGUCCUGAACGCCUCGCUGCCCUACCACAUGCUGGCGUCCUGCGCCGAGACGCUGCCGCGGCCCGGCUGGGAGCUGGAGCUGUACGUCAUCGUGUCGCUCAUCAUGAGCUCCAUGUUCCUGCUGGUCAUCGCCACGGCGUACCUGGAGGCGCAGAGCAUCUGGGAGCCCUUCAAGAGGCGCGUGGCGGUGGAGGCCAGCUCCUCCAUGGAGACCGGGAGGCCCUUCAACCUGCGGGAGAUCGUGCAGAUCCACAGCGAGUCCAAGCCCCGGUUUAAGCCCCCGGUGAAGGGGGCCCCCGAUUUUCCCAUGAGCCGACCCGGGGAAAAGGCCGCCGGCCGGGGGACGUCCGAUACGGCCCAAAAGCCCCCCCCCCCAUACCCCUUUUUUGGGGGAACGGGCCCCAGGGGCCCCCCGGGGCGGUUUGCGGGGCCCCCCCCGGCGAGCCGGGCCCCCCCCGGGGGGGCCAGGCCCCCCCGGGCAGGACCCCCGGGGGCCCCGGCCAAAACCCGGGCCCCCCCUUUCCGGCCCCCCCGGGGGGGAAAAGGGCCCCCGUUCCAACGCCUGUUGUUUGUGUUGCCAGUUGAGAAGCUGGAGGAAGGCUCCUCCUCCUCCUCCUCCUCCUCCCUGCUGCCCGGCGGCCCGAUGCCCGAGCUCAGCCUCAGCAGCAGCUCGGACGGAGAGAGAGACGCCACGGCGCCCGAGUGGGACGUCCCCCUGAAGCCCGGAGGCCAAGCAGACAGUCUGCAGCAGAUCUCCCUCCAGACCUUCAAUGCAGACUCUUUCCUGAAGAGGAGCUCCACAGCAGAGACCUGCUCCCCCCCCCCCACCUCCCCGGUCCUCUUGUCCCGGGGCUCCUACAGCAGCGUGCUCAACAGCCACAGUGAGGGGCCCCAGAAGAAGGCUCCGGGUAACAAGCCCCCUCUGCAGGGCAAGACCGGGACCCCCACCUUCGCUGCUGUGGCUGCCGGCUACGACAAGAGCCCAGGUGGAUCUGGUCCAGGGAAGACAGACAAACUUCUGGCUCACAUGACGUCGGUGGAGAGCGACGGCUCCGACAGCUCUGGGCUCUGGAGCCCCAUCGAGUCGGCCGGGAGUCCAAACUUCCAUUCUGCCAACUCCUUCUCUGCUUUCGGACCCAACAGCUCCUUCAACCUCACCAAAGUUUUCAGUGGGAUGAACGUCCCAAAGGAGCCUCAGCAGAGUUGGCCUGAGUUUAGCUCCGCCUCCUCCAUCUGGGACACGCCCACCAGCGACUCCCUGCACUCGUGGCCGAGCAGCUCCAGCUCCCCGACAGCCCCGACCUCCUCCCUCCUGGGCGGCGGUCGCAGUCCGUGGUCGACCACGACUCCCUUCGGCAGCUCCAUCUGGUCGACCAGCGCCGACUCGGCGCUCCACCCGUUCCCUCGGCCCGGCGGCUCCGCGGCGCUGAGCGACCUCGGCGGCGUCCCCGCCCCGUCGUCGUCGUCGCCGCCGCCGCCGCCGGCCGCCACGGAGCUGAGUCGGACCUACAACCCGUGGAACAUGUGGCGGCCGACGCUGAGCCGGCGCAGCUCGGAGCCGUGGCCCAGCUCCCCCGACGCCUAGCACUUAGCACUUAGCGGUUAGCGGACGUCUUUUCUAACCGCGGGAUCCCGACGGGUUGCCGCGGUAACGGGCCCGGCGGCUCGUCCUCCGCAGCUUUUUAUCCCGGGGGGCAGAAGUGCUAACUUUUAAUUUGAUUUGUUUUAACAGGCUCCCAACAGUAAGACUGCCGCUAGCAUCCGGCGCUAACGGCAGCGCGGACAUUUAGCUCUUAAAGUGACGGCGCCUCCUCCUCAGUAUUCAAUUCUCACCAUCGGUUUGUUUUUGUUUUGGUUUGAAAAGUCGAGAAUUUGUUCCUCACAACGCCAAAAGUUUAGUUAACGAUAAAAACCUGAGGAGAGAACGGGAACACGCCCCUCAUUGGUCGGAUAAUUUAAAUAAAGGUUUUCAGCAGAA